UGCAUAAAGUUGAGCGCUGCAUAUGCAUAUGGGCAUGGAUGGGAUCACAAUACACACGGCAGCAUGCUUUACCAUAGCAUUUUUGUUUCUCACCACAAUCAUCUCCGAGAUCAUUGCAAGAAUCAGAACCAUUCAUCUUACGCGCAAAGGAAAGAGAUCAUCAAUUACUCUGCGCCCGCCACAAGUUGUGAGUGGAGCUCCUCUAAUGGCAGCCCUGUUCACACUUGUGACCCCCAAGAAGGGUUUACAUGCUGCAAUCCAUGAACUACACAUGAAGAUGGGAAGUGUGUUCACAGUGAACCUUUUCGGGCUAAAGAAGGUGACAUUUUUGGUUGGGCCAGAGGUCACUCCUCAUUUCUUCAAGGGAUCGCCAUCCGAGAUCGACUUCGGGGAUACAGCUAAGAUCAUUGUGCCCGUCCUCGGUCAAGGAGUUCUGUUUGGUGUGGACAUGGCUACCAGGAAUGAGCAGAUCCGAUUUUGUACCAAGGCGAUACAGCCGGCGAGGUUGCGAAGAGAUGUUCAGUCCAUGGUUUGCGUAGUGGAGGACUACUUUGCGAAAUGGGGACAAAGUGGUACGGUUGAUUUAAAGCAUGAGCUUGGCCACCUAAUCGUGCUGAUCGCAAACAGAUGCUUGCUUGGCAAUGAGAUCAAAGGCAACAACAUGGAAGAAGUGUCGAGACUCCUCCAUGAACUAUUUGAAAACAGCUUCCACAUGAUCAACUUAUUCUUCCCGCACCUCCCAAUUCCGCCGCACCGCCGACGCGACGAAGCGCGUGCAAGGCUGGGAGAAAUACUCCACGAGAUAGUCAGAUCACGUAGAAGAAUUAGCCCAGCCCGAGUCAUGGACAGCAAUGAUGAUGACGAAGGCGAUGUGUUGCAGAGCUUCAUAGACUCAAAAUACAGUGAUGGCCGAUCCAUGACAGAGAGCGAGAUUGUUGGGCUACUCAUUGCCAUCUUGUUCGCCGGGCAGCACACGAGCUCAAGUACCAGCACCUGGACAGGAGCUUGCCUGCUAAGCAAUCAAAAGUACAUGACAGCUGCCAUGAAAGAGCAGAAGAAAAUCAUUGAGCAAAAUGGAGAACCCAUAGACUACACCAUCUUGUCAAAGAUGGAUGCCUUGCGUUGCUGUAUCAAAGAGGCACUGAGGCUUUAUUCUCCGACACCAUUACUACUCCGUCAUGCACACAAGAGCUUCACCGUGCAAACCAGGGAUGGCAUGGAAUAUGAGAUCCCAGAAGGGCAUGCUUUAGCAUGCUCCAUAGUGGUCAGCAACAAGAUGCCUUACAUUUAUAAGAAUCCUAAUGUGUAUGAUCCGUGCCGGUUUAGCCUGGGGAGAGAGGAGGACAAAACCAGUGGCAAGUUUUCAGACAUAUCCUUUGGUGCUGGGAGGUAUUCUUGCUUGGGGCAGGAUUAUGCUUUCAUGCAAAUCAAGGUGAUAUGGAGCUAUUUGCUGAGGAACUUUGAGCUCGAGUUAAUCUCUCCUUUCCCUGAGCUAGAGAAUGACAAAAUAUUACCAGGACCUAGAGGAAAAGUGAUGGUUGCUUACAGGAGAAGGCAUCACUUUGAUGCAGAGGCUGAGGAUAAUCCUCCUUUUCUAAAAAAGUGGCUCUGUCAGUUAUUUUGCAUCAUAGCAAAAGAUUACACAAAUAUCAAAGCAGAGUUAGUAGCUAACGUGAUGAGGACAGAACAGUUAAAAAAGGCUGUCGACUAUAUGAUAAAGGGUUUCGCCCAGCUUUAUAUUAUAAAGCAACAGCCGAGCAUACAACCAUCGAAACAUCAGAAAAGAAACAAGAAGAAGAAGAAGAAGAAGAAGAAGAAGAAGGAUACAAGAUGGUACCGAACAACAGCAGUCCUGACUACACCUAGAACCAGCUAG